AGUAACAUUCAGUAGUAUUGCAGUACUGAUAGAAAUAAAGGGAACGAAAGCAUAGAUUCAAUUGACUAUUGCUUUCAUAGCAUUAAUAGCUUUGAUACCAAUUUAGGCAGUGAUCACACCAUCACUACUCAAAUACAUUCAAAUAACUGUUGUCUCCAAUCAUUAUAUGUGAACUAAUUUAUACUGUUUUGUGCCGAUCUAUGGCCUCGAAGAUUGGACUCAUGAGAUAAUACUUGUUGACAAAUGUACUGCCAGUCCAAGUGGUCGACACCGACACCAACAACACGUAGUGAAUGAGUGACUGACAUAAUGAACGCUAUAUUGAGUGAGGGCCAGACCACGACAUCGCGCCUGUAUUGGGACAUUCAACUCGAUCAGGACUUAUUAGAAACAAUAGUGAAUAUAUAUCCCAAUUGGUUUAAAGAGGAUAACAGUCCUAACAAUAUGAAUGAAGAGUCAACCGAUUCAUUGAUAACAUUGAUGCAAACAACUCCUCCUAAUAUUACUUCUUCUACUUCUUUAACCAAACUUGAUGUCGACAAUCAAUCCAUUAAGAAUUCAAUGGACAAGAAUAAGGAAUCACUGAGACUUAAGCUUCAACUUAGGCGACCAAUUAAUCAAUUGAUUGCACAGGGAAUACAUCCCCCUUUGGGUUCUUCUCCGGUAUUUUACGAACAGAAGACAAAGUUAGAGCGGGCGAAGACCGGAGACUUUCUUAAACAUAAAAUACAAAAAAGACCGCAAAGACAACAAUUAAUAGAACAGCAUAUUCUUGAAGACACUACUGUUGAUCCCAGUCUUCAUGAAAAACAGAGACAAUUGAAGAAGGCUCGACUCGCCGAUGAUCUCAAUGAUCGUUUAUCUCACAGACCAGGACCUCUUGAGCUCAUCAAAGGUAACAUUUUGCAUACGGAUGCAACCUUUGAACAAGCAGUCAAAGAAGGACAAAUAUCAUUUAAGAAGACAUGCGAAGGAGAAAUCGUUAAACAUCCGCCGCCAAGAUUUAUAUUUGCAGAGGAAGAAAGUAGUUCUGACAGCGCUUCCUCACCAGUUAAUAAUGAACAACCAUUGAUUGCAAUUGAAAGUACAACUAAUGUGACGACAACAACGACACCAACAAUAGUGGCCACCACUUGUUCUCCAACUAAUGUUUCAUACAUUGUUUCAUCGCCCGUCACAAGUAUACUUACAUCUCCAUCAACAGUUCACUCAAUAUUAAUUGGUAACGGAAAUGCUGUGGCCAUUGCCUCUCCCACUUCAACCGCAUCAGUAGUAGCUGUGACUUCCAAUACAACGACUCCUAUCAUUAAUAGUACACCAUUUUGUCAGCCAACGAAUCAGCCAACGAUAUCUCUCAAUCUUCCAGUUAUUUCGGCCUUCAAAGAACAACAUUCUUCGAGUUCUAAAAUUCGUACUAAAAAAUCGAAAUCAAAAACCCAACCAAAGGCCAGAACUAUUAAAUUUCAUGAAUACAAAGGACCUCCAAAUAUUAGUAGAAUUCAACCAAUCUCUGGUCAAUCACGUAUAGAGUCAUCGUAUGAAUUACUUCUACAACAACAACAGUUAUUCCUUCAGUGGCAACUUGAAUGGCAACAAAAAUGUCCUCAACUUAUACUUAAUUCUUCCACAUCACCGAAGCCUAAUUUGGAGCAAAUCCAUGAUCAGGGAACAGAUGCUCAAAUGGCCGCAAAUAUCUCGAAAUCAUGUUUGACACAAACAGCGGCACGAAAUACAUUUCAAGUGAAACCAAACGCUCAAAAUGUGACCAACAAUGAGAUUAAUGGUUCAGUGGGUUCGCCACGCGAUCGAUCCAAUAGUAACUCUUCGUUAUCUCGGGAAUCGAAAGGAAACUCUGUAGUCAUUGGGAAAGUAAUAUCAAAGUUAGAAGAUAUGAAAGUAAGUGAUCUCAAAGCGGAACUUAAAAAACGAAAUCUUCCCGUUUCCGGACCCAAACAACAACUUAUAGAUCGACUUAAACCAUUUGCCGACGCGGUUAUGGCCAAUGCUAACAAUUCAUUGAUUGUUAUAAACUCGAGUGAUAAUAGUUAUGAUAAAAGUAUUUCCAAUUGUGAUGUUAAAAGUGAAGCCAACAACGAGUCGGUUCCCAAUUCCCCAAACAAUAUCGAUUCACCCAUUGAUAACAUUGAACCAAAAACUGAACCAAUGGAUACAAAAUCACCUGAAAAUUGUGCUAUGGAUGUGGAUUCAAUGGGUGAUGACAUGAAUCAUAAUUGUUCAAUGGAUUUGGAUAUUGAUAAUACAAUAUUGACCACAAAUACCAAUCCUAUAAAUGAUCAAAUUCUUAUAUUACAACAGCAAAAGAUUGAUGAAUUGAAACGAGAGUUACAAAAAUCUCAAAUGCAGUUACAGUUACAACAAACAACUGGUCUUCCGAUUGAAUCACAAUUAAUUACAACUGAACCACAAAUUCAAAUCGUUUCCAAUCCCAAUACAGAGAUGAAUGGUUUUACACAAAAAUCACUUCAGCGUCAACUCCUUCAACAACAACUACAACAAAAAAUUCAACAAAAUAUUAAUCUUAAGCCACAGUUAUCUAAUAACGAAACAAAUAUUACGACAUUUUUUACAAAUAGCAAAAUUUCACCGACAGUUAAGGCGAGUUUAGCCGCUUUUAUUCAACAACAACAACAGCAACAACAACAACAUUUGGCACCGAAAUUAUUAACACAAAAUGUAACACCGAUUCAACAUUUUGUUUUGUGUCCCACUAUCUGUUCCACAACCGAUGCCAUUAUCAAUGAACCCGAAGCAGCAAAACAGCGAACAAAUUCACUUCCCAAUGGGUUAUCCAAUAACUUCUUAACUCAGACAUCCUUAAGAACCACUUCACUCCCAAACUUUGAUUCAUUGCUUGCAAAUAAUACAAAUGAUGACAAAAACAUUUCUAAUGAUAUUAAACCAAAUGUUAUGAUAACGAAAAGUCCGCCCAAUUAUGACGAGGCGACCAAACAAUUGAACAAAAAUAAAGAAAAGAAAAAAGUUGUCAAAAGUCAAGCAGUUGACGACGUUCUGGAAAUAUUAAUAAAAAAUGGUGAACUACCUCCCAGUGCAGCCAAUGAUCCCACCACUCCUACAACUCCUGAAAAGUUGUCUUUGAAAAGUCAAACCAAUCCAUUGUUUUCAACGGAUAAAAAUUUACAAAAGUCCUGUGAAUUAAAAAAGACUGAAACUAUUGAUAAUAUUAUUGAUAAUAACAAAAUACUUAAUAAUAGCAAUAAUUUAAAUGAAAAUAGCAGUAAAUUAAAUAAUAAUAAUAAUAACGAAAUUAAUAAUAAUGUUAGAAAAAAUGAUGAAUCGGCUCAAAAUAAUACUACUAUUGAUUUUGAUUUAUUUCUCGAUCUCGAAGGCUUAGCUGAAGCUAUGGAUCUAAAUGUUGCUAUUAAUGACAAAAAUAAAAUCAAUAUUAAUAAUGAUAUUAAUAAUGAUAUUAAUAAUAAUAACUCAUAUCAGUCUCAAUGUAAUUCAUCACAACAUAAAAGUCAAUCAAAUACUGAACUUUGUUUGUCUGAAUUUAUGGACUUUGAAGAAUGCAAUCUUAAUGUUGAUGACAAUCAAUGGUUAGGUUUGGCGUCAACAUCGAGAUCUACAACUGCUGACCAAAAUAUGUUAGAUUAUAGCGAUAGUAAUGAUAAAAAUCACACUAAUAUUAACUUUGAUAACAAUAACAAUACCGACAAUAACGCCAUUCAGAAUAACCACAAUUUGUUGACCAACUCUUUAACAAACAAAAGUGAAACUUCAAAACACGAUCCCAUUCUUCCCAAUACAAUGUUUGGUGGACCAGCUGUUGACCUGUUGGGUGGCGACCUAUUCUUCGACGACAGUGACUUCAGGUCAUCAUUAGAUUUGGGAACUCUUAUGUGGGAUAAAGUAGAGUUCACUACUUGAUUGACAAUUUAAUUGGUCAUCAAUUGAAUUACAAGACACACAUAACCACACAAAAGCUCAUUGAUUGACAUUGUAUUGACUCAAUUGUCUCAAUCAAUUGCGGACCAAAUUAUUGAUUCUUUCGACCACUUAAUCAGUCAAUUUUUGUCCAAAUAUUUGUAUAAAAAAA